AUGUCGACCUCGAUCUUCGUCUCGGCCUUUGCCCCCUUCCCAACGCUCACCCUCUCUGUUCCUUCUGAUGCCUUCCUCUUCGAUGUGCCAGACCUCCUCGCAGAGCGCUACCCCUCGCUUCCUCGCCAUCUUCGCCUAUCGACCCUUCGUGGCGAUGUUGCCCCCGACACCCCCCUCUCUGCGCUUUCCGCUCCCGGAGAGUUGCUCUCUCUGCGUAUUGCGCCGCGUAUUCUUGGUGGAAAGGGUGGUUUUGGAAGCCAACUGCGCGCGGCCGGCGGUCGGAUGAGCAGCCAGAAGACCAGCAACAACGACUCGUGCCGGGACCUCAGCGGGCGGCGUCUGAGCACCAUCAAGGAGGCCAAGAAGCUGGCGGAGUACCUCGAGUCUGAACCCGAGCGGAAGAAGGCUGCUGCAGAGGCCCAGCGCGCCAAGCUCGAGGCUCUCGAGAAGAAGCUCGGGCUCACGCCAGGUGCUGGUCCGUCGUCGUCGUCUUCGCCUGGAGACGCGCCGGAGCCGCUCGCCGGGAAGAAGCACAGGUUCGACGACCAGGAGUACAUCGAGCAGAGCCGGGACAUCGUCGACAAUGUCCGGAGCGCCGUCUCUGUUGCGAUGCUCAAGAAGAAGAAGAAAGCGAAGACAUCGCAUACAUCUGCAAACGCGGAGGCGGCGGCGGCUGUCGCCGCGAAGGAUGUGCGAGAAACCAUGUCGGCAACGGUGAAGGACGCUGCAGCGGAUACGGCAGUGGGUGCCACCACGGUCACGGAGAAGGUUGUCGCGUCUUCUGCGACCGCGCCUAUAGCCGUUGCUGCGUCGCUCGCUGUUGGCAUUACCGCAUAGGUAUUGCUCGGGCCCUGUGUCCCCCUCUCGUCGAGGGAAUUGCGUGUUUUUCCUGUUGUCAGUUGUGUAUGAGAGUAUAAUACAGAUCAAUU